UGUUGGAGAAGCUACAAUAUAAUGAUCCUGUUAGUUUUGUUCGUGAUUGGUUUUGCAUGGGGAACACCAGUGGAUAGACCUCUUGAAAACUUAGGAGAUCUUCCACUGUACCACUCUAAUCUCUUCGAGGGUGACAUAGCAGGAGUUAGCCCAUAUGCAGAUAAAAAUGCCAUUGUUGACCACACACUUUUGUGGCCUGGAGGAAUUGUGUAUUACGAACUAGCGCCAGCUGCCGCCAGCAUCCGGAAUCAAAUUCUUGAAGGCAUGAAAGAAUACCACGAAAAAACAUGUAUUCAAUUCAAAGAAAGGACUGCUGGAGUGAAAGAUUAUAUAAGGAUUAAUCGUUACGAUGGUUGCUGGUCAAUGGUGGGUCGACAAGGUGGAAUGCAAGAACUGUCGUUGGGAUAUGGAUGUGAAUGGAAAGGUCUGGUUGUACACGAACUUGGACACGCUGUAGGAUUCUGGCAUGAACAAAACAGAGCUGAUAGAGAUGAUUACAUCGAGGUAAUCUGGGACAAUAUACUCCAAAGUAUGCAAUACAACUUCAAUAAAAUGGAACCAUGGGAAAAUAAUUACCUUAAUGAACGAUUUGACUACAAAUCCGUUAUGUUAUACGGAGAGACUGCAUUUUCCAAGGAUGGAACCUCUCCUACUGUUAGGCCUAAACAACCGGAUGUGGUUAUUGGUCCUGUCUGGAAGAAACCUGGUUUUAGUGAAAGUGACGUUAGGAGAGUGAAUCGUCUUUACGAAUGUUUUGGUGAGGUACGUCCACCGCCGCCAAAAAUACCAGACUUCAUCUGUGACUUUGAAAGCAAUGACUGUGGGUUGGAAAAUCAAGUAGGCAUGCGUGGUGAAUUUCAAAGAAAAUACGAUACUCUUGGCGGACGGACAGGCUACUUCAUGGUACUGAGUGUUACAUCGAGUGGUACUUACGCUGACAGUCGUUUAAUUACACCAUAUUUUGGAGCAUAUGGCAACCAGGAUGUCUGUAUGUCUGUGGAUGUAUAUAUGUCAGGACCAGCAGUACGUGAUGUUGAAAUUUCUCGCCAAGACUCGAAUACGGAAUCCAUUGGCAAGUACACUGAGGUCUCUAAUUCGUGGGUGACUCGUAACUUCAACCUCAAGGCAGGUCGUGAAGAUAUGAGGUUCUUUAUUUUUGCUGCUUUGGAUCCUUAUUAUGGAGAUGGAGUAGUUGCUGUGGACAACUUAAAGUUCAAACGCAAACCUUGUUAGAAGAUGUAAGAAUUUUGAACAUCCGUUAAAAAGUUACCUUCUAAUUUCCAUAUUAACUAAAACUCAAAUUACUUCAUUUGUAACUUUCCCUUACUGUUUUUUGCAGAAAAGCAGGCUGUGAUAAAAAUGUUUAGAUUCUGUGUUUCAGUAUUUCACAAAAAUAAACGUUUAAUGUAAAAA